UAAGUGAACGAGUGUGGAGUAGCAUACAGCCAUUUCGGCUAUAGGUUUUGCAUGAUAAAAAUAGAACAUAUCCUUUUCCAGUUUUUUUCUUUCUCUGAUCUCGCUUUGGAAGAGAUUAAACAAAAAGAGGAUCACGUAUGUUUUGAACAGCGUUGGUUCUCAUCUGCCUAGCAAAGUUAGGUCUAGCAGGUGACAACUGUAACUACAGAUGACCAACAGAUGUCGUCAUGCAAGGGGACACUAUGUCACAUGAGCCGAGCUCUAGUGAGUCUCAGCCACAGACACAGUCACAGUCACAGGGUGGCUCCAGUUCUUCAUCCAGUGGACCUCAAACAUCUAGCCAGUCUUCAACCUCUUCAGGCUCUCUGACACACAGCUCAGCAGACACCAUUCCCACUCAGGAUUUAGCCAGCAUUCCUGAAGAGUUACCACCUGUCUGGGGUCGCCUCUGGGCUGUUGGUAAAGGGUUUCACUGCUUUGACUGUGUCAACGAUGAAUAUUGGUUUGGAAGAGACAGAAACUGUGAUUAUUCUUUUAAUACUCCGUCACUAGUCAACACUGAAUAUUAUCAGAAUUAUAGCAAAAAGCACUUCCGAAUAAUGAAGGUUAAUGACCUUCCAUACAUUGAAGACCACAGUGGCAAUGGUACCUUUUUGAAUGGUCAGCUUAUUGGUAAAGGAUGCAAGGUCCCACUGGUCAAUAAGGCAGAGCUGUCAUUAUCUUUCCCUCACAAUAAAGUAUUUGUGUUUUCCAACCUUACUGCUGAUGAUGAUGAAACAACAAAUCUUCCAGAAGAGUUUAAAAAGAAGUAUGUAGUUUCCAAUAAAAUUGGAAGUGGUGUAUGCGGCGAGGUGAAGCUUGCAUUUGAAAAAUCUAAUUACAGAAAAGUUGCCUUGAAGGUCAUCAGCAGAAAACAGUUUCCACCCACCGGGGCAUUAGUUUCGGCAGCUGAGAGGGAAAUUAGAAUCCUGAAGAAAAUAGACCAUCCCUGCUUGAUAAAGACACUAGAUUUCUUCCACUCAGAUGAUGUGUACUGUAUAGUUUUAGAGCUGAUGGAAGGUGGUGACCUCUUUGAGAGAGUACAUCGAGUGAAGAGACUGGAAGAAGCCACUACUAAGCUUUUUUUCUACCAAAUGCUUCUUGCAGUUAAGUAUCUUCAUGCAAAUGGUAUCAUUCACAGGGAUCUUAAACCUGAAAAUGUUCUGUUGGCUUCACAUGCAGAAAAUUGUCUGAUAAAAAUUACAGAUUUUAAUCAGUCAAAAAUUUUGGAGGAGUCUUCCUUAAUGAGAACGUUAUGUGGUACACCCACGUAUCUUGCACCAGAGGUGUUCACUGAUGCUGCAACGGUAGGAUACAGCCAGGCAGUGGACUGCUGGAGUCUAGGAGUGCUACUUUUUAUUUGCUUAUCAGGGUAUCCUCCAUUUUAUACGAAGGAGGGAGAGAACGUUAAGGAUCAGAUAACCAAAGGCCAAUACCUGCUUGUUCCAUCUAUCUGGAAUAACAUCAGUGAUUUGGCCCAGGAUGUUGUAAAAAAGUUGCUGGUUGUCAAUCCAAAAGAAAGAUUAACACUGGACCAAGCACUGGAUCAUCCAUGGAUGCAGGAUGAAAGUAUGAGAAGCACUGCUCAGGAACUUAUGUAUCCAAUUAAGAUGAUGCUUCCACCCACUACAACAGAACAACCCACUACGAGCAACAAGAGGCCUUGGGAGCAUGAGGAGAGCAUCUCAAAAAGAAAGAAGACUUGAUCCGCUCCCUCCAUGCAUCAAGCUUUGGACGGUCCUUUAGCACGUCUCUCCCUGAACCAAGUGGCUUGUUUUGGGGGAAAAAAGGAAAAGAGUUUCAAGUGAGAUCUUUAAAAGAAAUUGCAACAUCAAUCAAGAUGUAGUAGUUCCUUAUUCAACUGACAUUCCUCAUGGCAUGGCAGAGUCUAGCUAGCUAUGAUGUAGAGUGAAAUUCUGUACAUUCAAAAUCUGAACAGAUGCGAGAAAACAUUCUUAACCUUGAGUUUCAACAGCUUUCUAAUUCUGUAAAACCGUCACCUGAAAAUACGUUUUCCUCUCUUUCAUGAAGGGCAUUAAUGUGACAGUGAAGUCCUUCUAAUGAACUGUAGCAUAUCGUAAAUCAUGAGCAAUAAACCCAACAA